UUGGUGCAGCAGUUGUAACCAUGGCGGAUCCGCUGAGUUUGUUGAGGCAAUACAAUGUUAAUAAAAAAGAAAUAAUCGAACGUGAAAAUCAAAUUAUUUUCGGAGAAUUCUCGUGGCCGAAGAAUGUAAAGACGAAUUAUUUAACAUACGGGUCUGGCAAAGAAGGAACGCCAAAAGAAUACUACACCCUAGAGUGCCUACUAUUUUUACUCAAACAUGUACAACUUACGCAUCCUGUAUACGUGCGGCAAGCAGCUGCAGAGAAUAUACCAGUGGUACGGCGACCAGAUAGGAAAGAUUUAUUGGCCUAUCUGAACGGUGAGACUGCUACGUCAGCUGCCAUAGAUAAGUCUGCCCCUUUGGAAAUCCCUACUCAAGUUAAAAGAACAGCCGAAGAUGGAUUGGAGAGUGGUACCUCAAAAAAGCCUCGCUUCGAGGAGACUCACGUACAAAAGGUUAAAGAGCAACUUGCUGCUAGGCUGGAUGCUCCAAAGGAAGCUUCUGUCACAGUGGAUAACAUCAAGUCUCUCUCUGAGGCAAUGUCUGUCGAAAAGAUCGCAGCUAUUAAGGCCAAACGUUUAGCUAAAAAACGUACCACAAUUAAAGAAAAUGAUGACAUUGGAAUGGGAUCUGACCUACGUGUUAUACUAAUGGGCGUGGAUGACACAAAAGACAUAGUUUCCAGGGAAAGACAGUGGAGAACACGUACAACUAUUUUACAGAGUAGUGGAAAGACAUUUGCCAAAAAUAUAUUUGCAAUCCUUCAGAGUAUCAAAGCUCGUGAAGAGGGCAGACAGAAAGGCCCUACUGCACCCACACCUAUUGUUACACCACGUUCCACACCCAUGCGUCCAUUACCACAACCGGCUGUAUAUAAUCGUUACGAUCAGGAGAGAUUUAUCAGACAGAAAGAAGAAACGGAAGGAUUCAAAAUCGACACAAUGGGCACUUAUCAUGGUAUGACUCUGAAAUCUGUAACAGAAGGUACAAAUCCAGCUGUUAGAAAACCACCGACCAAUCCUUCUGCGACUCCCAAUUCUGGUCUGCUGCCGACUUCCGCCGCCAAACUCACACCACAGCAAGCUGCGCAGAACAAGCGACCCAGCAGAACUCCUAUCAUCAUCAUUCCAAGUGCAAAUACGUCACUGAUCACAAUGUACAAUGCAAAAGACAUACUACAGGAUCUGAAAUACGUUAGUAAUGAAGAAAAACGGGCACAGGGUUGUAAACGGGAGAACGAGGUUCUUUUGCAACGUAGAAAGGAAGCUGGACUCACAGUACCAUACAGGGUAGUGGAUAAUCCACAGAAACUUACAAAUGCGGACUGGGAAAGGGUAGUAGCAGUGUUCGUAAUGGGACCAGCUUGGCAAUUCAAGGGUUAUCCUUUCAACGGCAAUCCUGUUGAGAUUUUUUCAAAAAUUUGCGCAUUUCAUUUAAAAUAUGAUGAAAUGAGACUGGAUGCAAAUGUAGCCCGUUGGGCAGUGACAGUGAUAGAACUGAGCCGAACAAAGAGACACUUGGAUCGAGCAGCGUUAAUGGUAUUCUGGGAACAUCUCGACAAACACAUGAUUAAAAAUAAGCCACACCUUCGAUUUUAAGUCUUGUUGAAGACAGAAGAAAUUGUUAACUUGGAUGCGUGAUCUUCGCCAAUUUACAACUGAAACAUACGGAAAGCCCAACUACGAGAGCUUGGUAGAAAUCGUGAUUAACGAAGAUUACUUCAUUUACGUUCUCCCGAAAUGAACGUAUACUCGAGAAAGAAGCACGUACAUCGAAAAUAGUGUAACAAGCGUAACGUUGUUAAUCUUUCGAUUCGUUCACAUAACAGCUUGGAUUGUAAGAUUAAUAUCCUUAUGUAACGUACACGUAGUGAAGCUCUCUUAACACGGUAUUGGUUACUCUAGCAUAAACUGAUGUGCCUAUUAUUAAGCAAGUAACAAACAUUCUUAAAUAUAGAACACGAGAAGCAACAUAUUCCGUAUGUCCGUAAUAUACCAAGGAACAGUGAACGAAUAAGAAAGAAACUAAAUAAUUCAUGGCAUUGUAUAUUCCCCGAAACGUUUACUACUGAACCAAAUAAAUGUACAAUGAUUUGUACAUGUCGAUCAUGUA